AUGAUUGAACAAGAACUUGGUUUAUUCUUGGUUGAUAUUUUCUCAGAGAUUUCACCCGAGCCUGUUGCUGCUGCUUCACUCGGGCAGGUUUAUCAAACUAGGCUUCGCAGAACAGGGCAGGUUGUUGCUAUUAAAGUAGAAAGACCAGGCGUUCAAGCUUCUGGUAUGUAUCUUGGUGCUUCUGUUGGAAUGUUGUUUCUUCCGAGUUUGGUUAAGGUUAAAGGUCCUCAAUCUGUUUUUAUUGCGGAAGCGUUUUUAGGAUCUGCUUGGUCUUUGCUUUGGUUUGGAUAUGCUUCUGAUCCUAAAGCUUCGGCUUUGGGAGCUGGGGGAUUGCUUUUGCCGGUUAAUAAGAAAAUGGAUAGGAAGGUUUCGGAUGUAAAUGUGGAAACUGGAGUUGAGAGAAAUGGUGUUAAGAAAAAUGAAGUUGGAUUUCCUUGGAUGAAGAUUAUGACUAGUUUACCUGUUUGGGCUAUUGUGGUUAAUAAUUUUACUUUUCAUUAUGCUUUGUAUAUGUUGAUGAACUGGUUACCGACUUAUUUUGAAUUGGGGCUUAAGCUUAGUCUUCAUGAAAUGGGUUCGUCGAAAAUGCAGCCAUGGCAGCUUGGUCAUCUUUAA